GCUGAACAAAGGAAGGAUCUAGAUAAUUAGGUGCGGACAAAAAUAGUCUGUGCGUAGUCGGGCCCUGGCCAGAUGACGUCACGGCCAGGGCCGGCGGCGGGGCAAGACGGGCCCCGCGCCAGUGCCGCGCGCGCCGCCCGCCUGGUCGCACGUACCGCUGCAGCCACCCAGCGCCAGUCUCGCCCACCACUCCACCCCCCCUGCCGGCUGCCUACGCGCUUCCGAAAAAACAUACGAGUGAAAUGGUGAGGAAAUACGAAAGAAUGAGCGGCCGCCAGUCUUGGAACGAAGCCGACAUGGCGAGGGCUGUAGCAGCUGUAGUUUCAGGGAAGAUGGGGUACAAACUGGCCGCCAGGACGUUCCACAUACCGCGCUCGACCCUACAGCGGCGCGCCAGCAAGAUACGGUAUCAGCAGCCCGACGAUCCCAAGCCCAUCAUGGGCCACUACAGGCGCGUUUUCACGGAAAGCCAAGAGAAAGAUUUAGUCGGCUACAUCAAGAGUAUGGAGCAGUACUUCAUGGGCGUAUCUCGCCGAGACAUCAGGGAGCUGGCGUACCAAUAUGCUGAAGACAACCACUUGAAUCAUCCCUUCGAUACCAACUCGAGAAUGGCCGGCGAGGACUGGGUCAGGAAUUUCCUUAAAAGGAAUCCCGAGCUGAUGCACAAAUCGGAAAAAGACUUUGAGUUGGAGCCGGUGAACUUCGACCAAUUCUAUCACUUCAUGGUUCAGUUCUCAUGAUUAGUGGUUCACGGUAGCAUUAUUCCUGUACAAUAGAAAGACCUUGUCUGAAAAACUGUAAACUAUAAGAAACCUCAAGGUAAAACGGCAAGUAACGUCACUUGCCGCUCAAAACAAUUUAUAGUGCCAUGGCCUCUUUUCACAAGAAAUGCAAGCACUGCAAACCAUGGCCAAAGAUUUGACUAUUGAAUAAGACCAAGAGGGGAGUUUAUAAAAAUCUAUUUUUAAAUUAAAUGUAGGGAACAAAUUAACAAAGCUCAAAAAUAGAGGAAAGUUUUACAAGAUACCUAUACCUAUAUUUAACAAAGCUGUGUUGUUAGACAUUUGUUUUUAAUGCUAUGAUUGUACUUAUCGUUUUUAUGGAAUCAAACCAUCCGUUAAUUCUUAAUUUAUAGUUUAAAAUUCUGUUAUUUAAUAGUAAAUUUUAUCUUGCUAAAUUAAGGGCUGUGAUAAUAAGAGAAAUGUAUAUUUGUGGAACAUAUCAAGAUAUAGAGGUGUUGUAUAGGUUUAGAAGGGAUAAUGGAACGGGAAAGGACUUUUGAAAAUCUCAUAUGCCAAGCAUGAGGUAAUUAUAUAGAUAAGGAUCCAGCGAACCAUUAAGGAAAGCUAGUUAAGUUAUCAAAUAUCGUAAAUGUUGGAAUGAGAAAGUAGAUUAUUUAAACGAACUUUUUAUUAUAUCGGAUUAUAUUAACAGCUCUUAGUCGAAGAUUAUUUUGUCCGGGCAAUGCGGAAUGGAAGAGAAAUCAAGCGCGUGAAAUAAAAAAAAUCUGUAUAAUAUUUUAACCCAAGUGAAAUAUUGUUCCUCAUAAAUAUCUUGAUUGUAUCAUAGCUCGUUCGUUGAAUCCAAAUACACGCGCAGCCGCAGACUCCGGCGCAGGUAUCGACUAAUGUGAUAAUCGGUGAUUGGUAAUAUUAGUGGAAAAAAGAUAAUUACAGAUCAGACUAACUUCUUGAACAGUGUUCUUUAAAUUAAAAACGAAAUAUUUAUUCUAUAAUUAUAAGACAUUAAGUACCUUAUAUUUUUGUCGUUACCUGAUUUGUUUUGAUCUCUUAAGUUAGUUUAGGCUCUAGAUUAUUUAUUUAGCCUCAAAAAUUUUACAUUUGUUUAAGAGGUUUAUUAUGGGACCGCAGUCACCUACCUACAUAUGUAUGCCAAUGCCAAACCUGUUGAUGAUUUGAGAUUUAUUUUAAUUUAAUUCUUAAGUACUUAUUUAAUAUUAGAGUAACUACGUUCAAUAAAUAUUUUAAACUUUA